AUGGCCUAUUUCGGCCUCUUCCGCAUCAGCGAACUGGUAGCGACCACACUUAGCGGUUCGUCCAAUCAAAUUAAGCGAAAAGACGUAGCCAUCACAACCAACGAGCAAUUCAUGUCGGUGACCUUACGAAUACAUAAAACCAGUCAGCACGGUCCACCGAUCACGUUGAAACUCCCCCGGGAAAAAACACACCCAUGUCCAGUAUUAGCUAUGUUAGAGUACCUGUCACUUAAACCUGCGGGAACAUCAGCCUUUAGUCACAGCAACGGACUUCCGGUCACUAGACAACAGGUAACCGCUGUCUUAAACAAAUGUCUAACGAGAGCCGGCCACAGUACCCAAAACUUUAAGACUCACAGCUUCCGUAUCGGCCGUGCGACCGACCUAGCCAUACGCAGCGUACCAGAGACAGACAUUAUGAAACUUGGUCGUUGGUCGUCCCAAGCAUACAAGAAAUAUAUCCGUGUGUAA